CGAUGUCAGCGCCUGCGUGAUGACGUCAUGAAAACCACGUGGUUUUGUUAUUACAGGAAGUAAAGAUGGCCGCUCAGUCUUUUCUCUCUGAGUCGGCUCUCGGUUGGUCUAUUUUCACCUUUAUACUUUUGGUCAUCCUUGCUUUCUGUUGGGUCUAUAUCCGCAAAUUUCAAAGUCGUCAGGAAAGCGAAGUUGUUUCAACCAUCACGGCAAUAUGCGCACUGGCCAUUGCAUUGAUAACGUCAGCACUUCUACCAGUGGAUAUUUUCCUCGUCUCCUUCAUGAAGUAUCCAAAUGGCACCUAUAAGGAAUGGGCUGCAAACAAUGUGACAAGAGCACAGAUUGAGGAUACAGUCCUGUAUGGAUAUUACACACUUUACUCCAUCAUUCUGUUCUGUGUCUUUCUAUGGAUCCCUUUCGUUUAUUUCUAUUAUGAAGAAAGGGAUGAUGACAACGUCAACACUUGCUCGCAAGUCAGAAAUGCUCUGAAGUACACGGUUGGAUUUGCCAUUGUCUGCUUGGUGCUUCUAUUAAUUGGAGCAUUUGUUCCACUUGAGGCUCCACCGCAACAGAAUGCCACCCAGUGGGAGAAAGUUCAGUACCUUUUUGAGGAGCUCGGCAGUAGCCAUGGUCUCACUGCCCUGGCUUUCUCCAUCAGCUCCUUGACCUUGAUUGGGAUGCUGGCAGUGAUCACUUACACAGCAUACGGAAUGUCUGUGCUGCCUUUGAAUCUAAUAAAAGGCACACGGAGUGUGGCCUAUGAGCGGCUGGAGAACACGGAGGACAUUGAUGAUGUUGAGCAUCAGAUCGAGAAGCUGAAAUCCAAGUGUAAAGAUGGUCGCCCCCUGUCAUCCAGGGACAGAAACAACCUGCAGGACCUGGAGGGUAAGCUGCAGGUCCUCCGACGCAGAGGGAGACACCUUGAAAUUGCAGAGAGGAACUGCUGCAACAAAGUGGCCAGUGCUCUCAGACCUUUCAAGAUAAUAUUGGGCAUUUUCUUCAUCCUGAUUGCCUUGCUGUUCACUGUUGCCCUGUUCAUUUCAAAUUUGGAUAAAGCACUCCACUCUGCUGGAAUCAGCUCUGGAUUCAUAAUCUUUGGCACCAAUCUAACCAAUCCUUUGAAUGAACUUCUGUUAACCUUGCAACCUGUUUUUCCACUGGAUUACAUCCUGAUUACAGUCAUCACAAUGUAUUUUGUCCUCACAUCUAUGGCUGGUAUCCGCAACAUGGGUAUCUGGUUCUUCUGGAUAAGGCUCUACAAAAUUCGACCUAAAAGAACCCGUCCACAGGCUCUCCUCUUCCUCUGUAUGAUUCUUCUCUUGAUUGUGCUCCAUACCAGCUACAUGAUCUACAGUCUUGCCCCUCAGUACGUCAUGUACGGAAGCCAGAAAUAUCUCAUACAGAGCCCCUCAUCAGGCCUUAUGUCAGGGAAUGCUUCUUUUGCCACAACGAGGGUCUGUGAUGCCGACGCGCCUGAGGAUCAGUGUAUUGUGACAAGAUCCUAUCUUUUCCUUCACAAGUUUUGGUUCUUCAGUACCAUCUACUACUUUGGUAACUGGGCCUUUAUUGGGGUAUUCCUCAUCGGGCUGGUGGUGUCGUGCUGUCGAGGGAAGAAGUCGGUGAUUGAAGGCGAGGUGGAGGCCGAUGACUCAGACGUCAGCGAUGAUGAAUAUGUGCACUGAGGUUCAAUAUUCUAGGAUACACACACACACACACACACACACACACCGACAGACAGAUCUGCACAUCCAGCCGUAACGUAAGGGAGUGAGUUUCACAGUACAAUUUGGCAUACCGUUAAUUUGCCCAUGUUUAUUUUAUCAGCUUCCAGAAAAUACAAAAAAUACCACAUACAAUAGAGGGAGAGACAAAGCUUAUAUAUAUAUAUAUAUAUAUAUAUAUAUACAAUUGACAUUUCCUAUGUAUUUCAACUACAGACCUAAUAUAUACAAUGCAUUGCCUUCAUGUUGACAUAUACGGCAUUGAAACCAGUGGUUCUCAAUUAUUUUUCUGUCAUGACCCCCCAGUGGCUUGAAAGUACUUGGAAACAUAACAAACACAAGUACACUGUUCUGAAGACCUGGUCUGUUCUGUGGCAACGUUGACAUCGUUCUUCUUGGCGUCUUCCUCUCCGCUGUACCGGUGAAUUAGCAUCCUUUUUCAAAAUGCAUUCAUAUAGUACUUUCAAGCCGAAUGCGUGUUCUAAAGGUGUUCCUUCAUAGCAGUCAUCAGUGGAAUGUUCACUACAAAGAACAGAACUCGUGGUGGGCAUCCAUUUGUCUCUAGUUCUCUGCACUUGCUAUGUUCAUUUUUGUCUUGGGGAAAAGAAAACAAAGUAUCACUCGGAUCUGUAAACAUCCAGCAGCAACACAACAUUUUGGCAUGCCUAUUUGCUGUCAGUGACCGACCUUGAGAGGUGUCACCAUGACGACAUCACUUACAGAAAUGACCUUGUCACGGUUGGCACCAUGAACUAGGAAUGUCAUUUUUUGCGAAAUUAUUGCUUGCUUUCAAAAACUGAGCAAUGUAGAAUAUAAUUACAAACAAUAUAUAUAUUUAAGCAAAGUUGAUUCAUUAUGUAAGGGACCCUUUAAAGGGCAUGUUUGCAAAAGAUGCUCACUUCCUAAUAUUCACAAGCAUUAUAUCCUGCCCACUUCUUGCUCAGAAACAUUUCAUCCACAAAUGUAUAAAUUAUCGCAACAAAAAAUGUGUAAGAGUUUUAAGUACAUGGUGUAUCUUAGGAGUUCAGUUUAGAGGUGAAACAUCUUUAAGAAAAUGAAGGUCAUCCAAUUGCUGUCAUUCAACUUUUCAGAUAAAGAAAAAAUACAAUUCAAAAUAUACACAUUUAACUUUAGUCUGAUUAAUUAGUUAAUAGGAAAUCAGUGUCUUGGGUAGACCACCUUUACCUGGGUUAAUAGAUGGAACCGAGCAUGAAUCUGCACCUGUGAGUCUUUAUUGUGGGCAGAUCCAUACAAUCCAUACAAUGUAAAGGCGAUGUACCUAUGGCCAAGUUGUCCAUAAUCAUGCAUGCAUAUCGUGAUGGCGUAGCAAGUACAUAGCACAGAGUGAUCGAGGUGCAUUCAAGGACAUCCGGUCAUUACAUAAUAUUUUGUGGAGCCAGACCAGCGACCCACUAGUUGAGAAUCACUGCUUUUGAUGGCUUCUUAUGUGUUCUAAUCAUCCUUUCAAAAUCGUGUGUGUUGACUUCUGCAAGAAACUUUGAAAACAUCUGAAUGAAAUACUGUACAUUGCUAUUUUAUUUGCCCUCUUACUUUAAAGUAUUAACAUGUUAUGAUGCGAGUACCUUAAACUAACCAUUCGGUGGUUUCAUGUCACAUUUCAUGAACUAUUCUCAUUCCAGUCAUAAUUCCAAAAGUUAUUAAAACCACUAUUCUACUAUAAUUUUUUUGUUUAAUCUGGUUAAAUUAUUUUAAAUUCAAAACUAAUGGUGCAUCAGUCUGAGUUACACCAUGAAUAUAAUUAUUUAUCAUUACUCUGAUGCAAAGUGCCUCAUGAAUGUGUACUACUAUGAUGGGCACGCAUGACUGCAGCCUCACAUGAGCUCCAUUAAGUUAAACUAAGCCAUUUCUUCCUGAAGAGAAAUCAUCCAUAGAGUCGCCAAGUACCAUCAUUGUGUAUAGUAUUAAACGGUACUUGUAUUGAACUAAAUAAAUACUUCUGGAAAUAUCA